AAUCAGACCAACAAUAUCGCAGAAGAAUUAUUGUUUGUCCCCGUUGUCUGGAUACCGAAUCGAUUUUACACCACCGCAAGCUUCGGCUUUAUACUCCAGCUCUGAAUGGCUCUAAAAAUAAAAAUAAAAGCGAAUAACGUUCGAACAUUCUGUUUUCAAAUGUUUAAAAGUUAACAAGAGUCUAGGGGAAUCUCAAAAUGGCUUCGAUUUUGCCCGCUGGAUUGCGAAAUGGGGUAAAAGGCCUCGACGCCAACCGCUAUGCCACCAAGAAGACCGUGGCCCAAGGCAUGCUGGACAUCGCGCUGCUCACUUCCAAUGCGUCACAGCUGAAGUACGUGCUCCAAGUUGGCCCCAAGCACGAGUUCUACACGUUGCUGGUCGUUCUCAUCUCUGUUUCUUUAGUGCUGCAGCUGCUGGUUGGUUUGCUUUUCGUCGUCAUCGGCGGCUUGGACCUGAAUGACGACGACGACCAACCCUCGGCGGUGAUCCUCAAUGACGUCAUAGUCAUUUUCAUAUUCGUCAUUUCAGUGGUCAAUGUCGUCAUAUCAGCGUUCGGUUUAGAAUACUCAAACAGCCCUUUGAUUUUAGAACGCCUUAAUUAUAUUAAUAAUGAAUAUCUAAGGAAAGGAAAUGGCACUGUUUCUUGAAAGUUAUCGGUGGCAAACGAUUUUAUGGUAAUUACCAGUAAGGCCGCAAUUAUAGUAUUAAUAAAUGGGGGCUCAAAUGUAUUUCAAAAGAUAGGUAAUAAGUACUUAGGUAACCUGGAAAAAAUACUUAUAUUUCGUUUAAUAGUAUAUUCCUAGAUUUUUCACGUGAAGUUUUACUCUAUGCAGGCGAGCGCGGGAGUUUUGGCAAUAAUCAUAUCAUUCAUGGACAAUGAGGGAAGCCAUAGAGAGAAGAAGAUCGCCGAUUGGCUGUAUCAUGGUUCGGUGGGGCUCAUGACAUGCGCAGUUUUUUGUGACGUCAUCAAAAUGACGU